AUGACUGAGGUCGGACCUGCCGACCUAUCGAGGCUGCUUCAAUCUAAGCGCAAUGAGUGCAGUUCAAUUGUGACGUCGCGGAAGCGAAAGCUUCGCGAGUUGUUCGCUGUCGCGACACAGUCUGAGGGUCUGCCCCAUCCAGUCUUGACCAACCCCGACGCGCCCACCACAACACCAGCCGAAUGGCAGUUCCUGCAAGCCAAUGACAUCUUCCACAGAGGCAAGACGCUGAACGAGGUCAACAUCCCUCCGAGACCGACAAUUUCCCUCGAGACCCUCAAGAAGUCACUCGCUAAAUCGGUAUUCAUUGCGAAAGAGUCGGCGCAAUCGCAAUCGGUGGAGGGCGUGAACAAACAAGAGUUGGUAAAGACGAAGGAUGAAGGAAAGCCGAAUGGAACGCUUCCACCCACGAAAGCCGACGAUGGCCACCUUCAACAGAAACCCUCGACGCCUAGGCCAUUGACGCAGGCCCCGAAAGCCCCCAGCGUCCCACAAGAACCGUCGCAAGUCAGCCAAGUCGCACCACCGAUUACGAACGGUGUCGAAAAGCCCAUCUCGACGAACGGUUCUGCGCCUGCUCCUCCCAAUGCUAUCGCGAAGCCAACACCGACUGCAGCAACCUCUUCUCCUGCUCCCGAGACCGCACCCGCACCGCGACAGCCCCAAGUCACCUUUCAACCAGGAACCAAAGGCGAUGGCGCCCAGAACGGAGCCUCCGGGUUGGGCAAGCCUGCUCAAGGGACGAGCGCGACUGCAGCUGGACCUGGACCGACCACAUUAUCAAUUAAACCCCCUACGGAUGCUGUUCGUACCUCGGAUGCUAUGUCUUCUCCUGGAUCAACAGCGCAAAGUGCAACUACGCCUGCUGUUCAUGAUGCCUCAACGGACACAAGCCCGGAGCAUGAGGGACCUUCGUUCUCGGAACCUGUGGAGGACAAGAAGGCCGAAGAUGAUGCGGAUGAAAGGGAUGACGAGACUAAUCGUGCUGAGCGUGUAGCGUCACCCGAGGAUCUGCAAAACCGAGUACUGAAUGCGCCACCAGACUCGGCUGAGGCACAGUUGCUUCAGGAAUCCAUCCGAUCGAAUGCAGUGGCAGAAGCAGCAGCAGCGGCGGCGGCGGCGGCGACUGUUGCUUCUAAGCUAAGCCCUACCCCAGCUGCAGCUCCGGCGCAAGAGGAUAGUACUAUGGCGGGUACAGAUGAUGUGGCGUCUUCUCCUGCUUCUGUUCCUGCUCCAAAGACGAUUGAGCAACCGGAGACGAAAGACGUUCAGCCAGCCUCUGAGGCCAAGGUUGUGUCUGAAGAUGUACCAAGUGCGGAUGUGCCCAUUAACAAGGAGAUUCCUGACAGCCAGGAGGAGGAACCUGAACAAAUGGACGUUGACGUACCUGAACCUAAAGCAAGUGCUGAAAGUCAAAGCGAAGCAGCCGGGCUACCAGAAAAAGUCAACCCGUCUGAUGCUCCGUCAACACCGACACCUGUGGCGGCCGAGAUAAAACCAAAGGACACCCCAUCGAAAGCCGAGCGCGCUGUUACUAGAGUUUCCUCUGGUGCUAUGCGCCCCAAGUCGGUCAGUGAGAUUGUUGGCGAAACACCUCGGCAAACACCUACUCUGGAGCCCGUUACAACUACCAAGAACGUCGACAACCAGUUGACACCCUUGACCUCUACUCCCAAGUCGCCCAGCUUGAGACAUCGCCACCUUUCGGUCCAUCGGAGACAAAGAUCUAGGAGUCAGCCCUCGACAGUUGUGUUUGGAAAGCAGCCCAAGCGAGUGGAGGAGAAGGCCAUGGUCCCCAGCCAGCGCGAUACUAUCCAACCUACCGAAGACUACUAUACCCCUCUGUUCGUCCAGGGCUUCGCAGGCAGCUCCUCAUGGAUGCAGCCCAUUGAGAAGAUCCUCUACACCGCGAACAAAACCGUUACAACCCCCGACGCCAACCUUGCUAUUCAAGAUCAUCAGGCCUGCAAGGUCUUACGACGAGUGUACCACCUCCAGCAACAUGACAAGUGGUCGCUGCGACAGCCCAAGCGCUGCCCUGAGCCGACGCGGCCACCGACUCAUUGGGAUGUGAUGCUACAAGAGAUGAAAUGGAUGCGAACGGAUUUCAGGGAGGAGCGUAAAUGGAAGCGAGCCAUCGCUAAGAAUCUUGCGUAUGCCUGUGCGGAAUGGCACGGGGCAACACCUGAAGAACGGAAAUAUCUGCAGGUUCCAGCUGUUAUCCCUCCCAAGCCGCAGCAAUCGACUGAUGUAUCAAUGGGCGACGUUGUUGGCGAGACUGUUGGGGACGCUGAAAACCAGCCGACUCCUGACCUCGUUUCCUCUGGAGAUGUCGAAUCACCAGAGAAUAUGGAUGAGCUGAUGGAGGUUUUCCCCGAGACGGUUGCGCCAUCAGCCAUUUUCACGCUCCAAGAGGACGAUGUCAUCUUUGGUCUGCGUCGAACGGCUGCUGCAGAUCAGCUACUGGAGGAGCUUCCUAUGUAUGGGACGCCCCUUCAAGUACCCAAGUUCGACCUCACUGGCCCUGAGUGGGAUCCGGAUGCUCAUUGGCGACGACCAGCUCUCCCUCUCAGCAAAUACGUUGAGGGUCACAUGAAGCUGGUCGUGGACGGCCCUCCAAGGAAGCGCAGUCGUUUUGAUUACCAGAACGAGGAUUCUGAGGAUGAGGGCGAGACUGCCUUUGUUAGCAACGAUCCAUCACCAAGCCUCCCUCUACCCGCAGAGACCAACGAGGUAGCUCUGUUCAACCCGGAGAUGAAGCACAUUCGUGAUAGGUUACACGCUGGCCAUCAGUUCCGGCCUCCAUCAGAGCAUCCUAUGCCCUUACAGAGCUUCUACGAGGGUCGCAGCCCGUCGCAGUGGACACUGGCCGAAGACGACGAGUUGCGCUCUCUGGUCCGAGAGUAUUCCUACAAUUGGUCCCUUAUCUCUAGUCUCUUGACUCCCAAGUCCCUCUUUACAUCGGGGGCUGAGAGACGAACACCAUGGGAGUGCUUCGAGAGGUGGAUCAAUCUCGAAGGGCUCCCAUCAGACAUGCAAAAGACGCAGUACUUCAAGGCUUAUAACAGCAGAAUUGAGGCUGCCCAGCGUGUCAUCAUGCAGCAGAACCAGAUUGCCGCGCAGCAAGCCAGCGCCUCUGGCGGUGCGGUUACCCCUGUGCGAAGACGACCAUCUACACCUAUGCGUGUGGAGAGACGUCGCAACCAGAAGCACCUCACCAUGAUCGAUGCUAUGCGGAAACUGGCCAAGAAGCGGGAGACGACGAUUCAGAAGCAGCAACACACGGCAUCACAGAACGCGGCCAACAAGAAGACCAACGACCCCAUGUCGCAACGCCCAACCAAGACCCCAAGAGACUACAGUUUACUUCGAUGGGAGCGCGACCAAGCUCUGGCAGAAAAGAUGGCGCAGUAUGCGUCAAGGCAAGAAGCUCAACGACGAGCUGCUUUGCAAGCCAGAGCUCAAGGUCAAGCUGCCCAGAUGGCUGGCACUCCCGGGGUUGGUCAAGCCGCCCAGACUUCAGCUCAAGUGGCUGCAGCGGCGGCGGCAGCAGUAGCUACUGCGGCCAACGGCAUGAAUGGUGCUGGUCGUGUUAAUGUUCCUAACCAACUUGCCGCAGCAGCAGCCAUGGCGGCCGGGCAGAACCGUGCUCGGAUGCCAAUGCAGUCUCCGGCUAAUGGUAUGGGAGGUGUUCCAUCACACAUGGCUGGCGGUUUGGUGCCACCGAACCAGAUGACAGGUGUACAGCAGGCUCAGUUGCAGGCUCUGCAGGGUCAACAUGGUCGCAUGCCCAUGCCGAACCCACAGCCUGAUGUUAAUCUGAUGAUGCGUGCACAGCGCAUCUCGGAACAGCAACGAGCCGCUGUCCAGAUGCAGCAGGGUGGACCUGGAACCCCUGGACAGGCAACGACAGGCUCCCAGCAAAGCCCGCCUCCUAACAUGCGGAAUGGAGUCAACGGCAUCAACGCAAAUGCCAUGAGCCAGCAGAACUUCAUUAACAAUGCCCAGGCCAUGAUGGCCUCGUUCAACGCCAGUAAUCACAACGGCGCGGCGCCACAGGCCAACGGGCUACAUAUGCCAUCUGGCCCUGCCGGCUCGCUGGCUCCACGACCGCAACCACAGCUCCCAGCUAGUAUUGCCAACCAGCUUGCACAGCUCGAGGGGCAAUUCCGAGCCAAGAACCCCAAUAUUACUCCUGAACAGGCUCGUCAGCUGGCCACUGAGCACUUGACGCGCGCCAUGAUGGCACAGCGGCAGUCGGCCAUGAACGCUGCGGCCGGCGCUGCUAAUGGUCAGGGUGGCCUCGCUGGCAGCAUUGCGGCCACUACGAGCCCUCAUCAGUAUGCCGCUCUUCUUCGACAGCAGCAGCAGCAACAGCAGGCGAGUCAGGCGGCUGGCAGUCCUGGACAGCAGCAUCAACAGGCACACCCGCAGCAAGCACAACACCAAGGUCAACAACAUCAAGCGCAAGCCCAGCCUCAACAGAAGCAGGCCCAACCUCAGCCGCAAGCUCAACAGCAGGCACAGCAGCAACAAGCGCAGAAGCCUCAGCAGCCCCAGGCUCAGCAACAAUCGACUCCGCAGCAGCAACAGCAACAUCAGCGGCAGGCGAGCGGCAGUGCGACACCAUCGGCUGGCAAAUGA